AUGAUCUGUUUAGUCUUAUUAUCGCUAUUGCUGAGGGGGUAUCACGGGCUCUCCUGCAUCAAGCCUAAUGCAACGCUGACGUUCCUGCUCCAGAAUCGUGAAAUACAAAUUGAAACAUGGCCUCCCAGUGCCGGAGGAGAUGAAAGCUGCAAAUCAUUGGUUGGAGAGGUAACUUUAGGGGUAAUCACUCCUGGCGGCAGUUUCCGCCUUACCAGAGAGUACAACCCGUUCUCCUACCAGAGUAUAACUUUUAAUUGUUCUGCCUUCACAAUUAAGAACAGCAACUGUACCUCUGUUUUGUCCGACCAGACACGGUCAGCGACCCUUGAGCUGCGAUCAAGUCAGCUGGACACCGCUCUAAUCAUCUCAGAGCCCAUAACAGUCAUUAGAACGGUCAACCUGGACUAUUUAAAUUGCUGGAACAGCUAUCAGUUCACACACUCCUACAACGAGAUGGAAAAGGACUACUCUGUCUGCCUCUAUGUGGUCCCAAACUUCUGUUUGUUUCCAAAGGCGGCUACCCGUGCCGCAACAGCUACGUUGAAGAUCGUGGUUAAUGGUACAGCAACGAGCCUGCAGGUACCGCCCAAGGUCAAUCCUCCUAUCGAUGAUACUGGCUUCACGAUCCCCUACAGCCACACGAAAGUGCAUAGCUACUGCUAUAACUGCAGCUCUAUCACAACUGAAGCAGAUCGAGCCAAGUGUCAAGCCUUUGUCGUCUCCCUCUUGACUACUACCGAAAUGCAGAACACAUUCACCUUGUCCAUGGAGUCCAUAGAGGAUACUAGCAGCGUUGUUAUUCCUAUUUCUCUAUCUCUAACUUCUUCUUACAUGACGGCAGCUCAAUACAGGGACUGCUUCUUAGAUGCAAUUCUUUCUAUUUACAAUGACCGUCUUUCCGUCACGCUUACGGUAGAUACCAAUAACCCCCUCUGCAAGCACCCCUCUGGGUACAGCGUAGGGUACACUCUUCUCAAUAUCAAAUCAGCAGAAGGAGAUGAUUUAUUUUCACGUGGUCAUGAGCUAGACGACUUUGAUUUUCUUCCGUCCUACCUAACGUGGUUCAUCUGCAGCAACCAAUCUUGCAUUGAUACUAUCAAUCAACUCAUCCCACUAACAGAUACCCUCACGUCGACUCUCAGUAUACGGAUGUACAACCAGUUUAACGAGCUCCUCAACGCAAUGACAGUCCCUGUGACCAAGUAUGUUAUCAUGUGCUGGAGCGCAAUUAGCUUCUACAUAGGAACCGACAAUAUCAGGCUAGAGUUUGAGCUGACUACACAAGGAAACUGUGAGGAGGUAGAGGCUCAAAUCAGCUCCAUUCCAGCCGGGCAGAAGAUCCCAAUGAAGGUUAUCCUGUAUCGAAACGAGUACUCAAACGUUGAACAGCGGAGCUUGACGGAAAUAGCAACGUUUUCACGCAAAUUAACACACCUCAACCUCAGCGAGCCGCAGAUCAUGACAUGCGAUAACUGGGUGCGGAAGACCCAGGGGUCCUCGUGUCUCGCCGACCUGGCCACCGUGCGGAAUCUGAUCAAGGCAAACCGACUCAUCGCCAUCGGGUUCCUGGCUGACUCAGAGCUUGUAGCAAGCAACUAUUAUAAGGCCGAUCGUACAGGGAUUAACGUCGCCACUGGAUGCUUUGUUGGGUUUGCUCUCAUCGCCGGGGCCACAAGCGCUUCAGUUCUUUUUUCACGGUUCAGAAAGAACCCCAUGCCUGCUGAUGAGGAACUAAAGCUGCAGCAACAGCGGCGUGAAAAGCGUAAGCAACAGAGGGCCGAAAAGAAACGAAAGGCCAAGGAAAGUCAGAUCAUCUAG